AUGAACCACAGAAGAUCGACACCACGAGGUGCUCUGAACGGUGCCAACUCUUUUAAGAGUUCUAGCGCUGAAAACGGAGUACUACAGAAGGAAUUAUUGGAAGAAAACAAACAAGAGAUCUUUGAAGCGUUUUCGCUCUUUGACAUGAACAAUGACGGCUUUGUGGACUAUCACGAACUGAAAGUGGCAGCCCGGGCGCUCGGGUUCGAAUUGUCAAAACAGGAGCUGCUGGAACUGCUUGAAAAAUACGAUCGCGAUGGACGCCGUUUGAUGCAUUACGAUGAUUUUUUCGUGGUUAUGGGCGAGAAAAUCCUGAACCGGGACCCGCUGGACGAGAUCAAACGUGCUUUUCAGCUAUUUGACGACGACAACACGGGCAAAAUCAGUCUGAAGAAUCUCAGAAGAGUGGCCAAAGAGCUGGGCGAGAAUUUGACCGACGAUGAGCUGCGGGCGAUGAUCGACGAAUUCGAUCUCGACGACGACGGGGAGAUCAGUGAACGUGAAUUCAUUGCCAUCUGCACGGAUACGUGA